AUGAUGAAGGUGUUCGAUUCCGAGGGCGCCGCGUCCGCGUUGGCCGCUACCACGCUCCGGUUUGGCCUGGGCUGGGGGAACAGUGUCUCGGGGUUCAUCACGGCUGCCUUCACACCCGUGCCCGUCCUCUUCUACAAGUACGACCAGUCCCUGCGGAAGAAGUUCCCGUUGAAGUUGCAGGCUUUGAAUAGCUGUAAGAUGGACAUUGUCGCUCUAACCUGCGGCGGGAACCCACGGGGAUGGGCUGGCUGA